GUUCCGCAGGAGAUUGUCACUGAAACAAGAGUCUCCGAAAGACACCGAGUGCGAGAGGUGGGCGGGGAAUUGGAAUUGAAGGUUUAGUGAUGGGACAGCGGGAAGUGUGACAAGUUAUGGAGGUACGCCAGUAAGGCAGCUGCGGGUAAAGAUGCAAAAAGAGCGGUAAAGAAGAAGCAGGGCAAUAGCAGCGAUACCUACACAGUGAUCUACAGAAGAAGGAAAGCUGAGCGGAUCCGAAGGAUAGUCUAGAAUGCCGGGAAGCGCAUCCUGGAUUGUUAUUAAUUUGGUCUGAAGACAGAAAGAGUGGAUUGAACAAUCUGGUUGCCCAGCAUCUAACUGAUAUAAAGAGAUAUUCUUUAAAAAAAAAAAUCAGUUUGCCCACCUCCCCCCCCAAAAAAAAACACAUAUGGGAAUGUCUGCAAAGAGGACAUGACUGGCAGAUGGGUUUACUGUCAUAAUGUUGGGUCUUAGAAAUGUAGAACUCUGUUCAUUGGAGUCGCCUCUAACCAGAGCUGUAUCACAUCUGUACCCUGUGCUGCAUAUCUUUGGUGAGCUGGAAAAUGGUCAAGACCCAGGGCAACACUUGUGUUAUCUGGAUUUACAGCUUCCAUUGAUAGCCCUGGUAUCUGGGGAUAAGAAAGAAAACCAUUUGUCGGGAAGCAAUAUCAAGAGCACUGAGACCGGGGUGCUUGUCUUUGAUGCCUUAAACAAGGAUAUAAAGGAAAUCUCUGACUUAAGAGCACCUGUCAUGUUGGAUGGAAAGGAAAAAGUGGCCUCUGUUGAGGUGACCCAGUCUUCUGAGAAUGUGCUGCCUGAAGAAUCUAAACAAGAUUUAGAAAGAAAGCCUCAAAGAGUUUCACAAAUUCGAAUACGCAAGACCGUGCCGAAGCCAGACACCAACUUAACGCCAAUGGGUCUACCCAGGCCUAAAAGAAUUAAGAAAAAAGAAUUCAGUUUGGAAGAUAUAUACACAAACAAAAACUACAAGUCUCCCCCACCAGAUCGAAAACUGGAAACAAUAUUUGAGGAGCCGAAAGAAAGAAAUGGCAUUUUGGAAUGUAUUUCUCAACUUAAAAGGAAGCGUGUUUUGGAGUUUCGGAACUGUACAGUCCCCAGAGUAAAACGUCCAAGGGUCAAAGUAAAAGUUAUGAUGGGUUACAAGAGGGGCCGUAAAGCUGCCAUUGAAGGGGAACAGCUGGAUGCACUUCUUAAAAAGAAACUGAAUGAGUUGGAUCACUUUAUAAUAGAGCAGGAAGCCAUGGAAAGAAAAUUGGAGGAUGCUGGAAUAUUCUGUUUUGGACACUAUAACAAAAUUCACUCAUAAGAAGCUUAGAAAUAUAAGUCAGACCAGUGCUUCAUAAACCAGUUCUUUCUGGUCAUGAAUUUAUUAAGAAAUUUUUUCUGAGUAGAUUCAAUUUGAAAUCAGGGAAUGGUCUUGUGAGUUUGCAUUUCAUAUUACAAGUAGGUCCCAAAAAGGCAUGGAACUGUGACUGUGUGUGCGCCCUGGAUGAUGUUGAAGAUGCAAUGAUGUGUUACAGUGAAUUUGUACUUUUACCAUGGGGACAGUAUGAGCCACUGGCUUCCCUUUUUCUGAUUUAUUGGAUGCAGAUUUGAAUUUCUAACAAUAUCCUGUAAUGUUUUUUUAAUCCAAAGAGCUGCACUUGUACACUGUUGUGAAAAAGAGCGUCGUUGCACUUGUUUAAAUGGUCUUUACCAUAUUUAUAUUUUAAAAUAGCUCUUUUAAACCUGAUUAGAGUAAAAGUUGGAUUUGAAUCUUCACAAUGAAUGUAAAUAAGUUAAUGUACAAUGUGCUAGAGACUAUAUGGAGCAUGUUCCCAGGCCCUGAUGAGUGUAAAACUAACUUAAUAGCUACUUGAGAAGCAGAAUGAGCUGAAGAUGAGAUUUGUAGUUUGAAAUGUGGUGACAUGCUGGAUGGCUAGUUUUGCUUCCAACAUUUUGAGAAAACUUGACAGGCAGAUUAUUACUAAUAGCACUGCUGUGUGCUGCUUUUUAUUCAUUCUUGUUAUGGAAAUGUGGAGAAAGAACUCUGCAAAAUAAGCAAUUAAGCAUAUGCCCCAAGUCUGUUUUUAAUUUUGCUCCAUAUUUUCAAAGUGAAGGAAUUAAAUGUGUUAACAGUUCCCGUCCAUAAGAAUUCUUCACUGCAUUACUGUCUGUUUGUUGUUGAUUUUUUUUCUUUUCUUUCUUUUAGAGCUGUGCACUCCUCGGCUGGUGUCCAUGCAUGUGUGCUAGAGAGAUAAGGCGUGUUCUCUGAAGUGUAUUCUUUCUGUGAAUUUGAGGUGUCUGUUGUGUUUUUAAUUUAUACACUUAUAAUAAAUGUCAGUUGCUCUUUCAUAAUUUAAAUUAGCUGUGAUAAUUUAUAAAAAGAUUUGAUAAC